CUAAGGCCUCGCCCUCCCGGUCGCCUCCGCCCCUCCAGGCUCUCCCUCAGCCCGCUUUCCCCCCCGCCCGUCCCCGCCGCAGCUCUCCUGUCCAGCAGGGCGGGGACUGCUGUACGACUCUGUAAAGUCUGUGAGUCACUGCACAACCCAUCAAUCCAAUUAAAUGUCUUGAGCGAGCUGAGCAGGCGGUACUGCCGCCCGCCGCCGCUGGCCCCGCCGCGACCGCCCCUGCUCGCAGCGCCCCUCUGAUCCAUGGCUGGCUGGCUGUACUUGCUACGGUGUAACAUCCUCCUCUUUCUCCUUUUCCUCCUCCUCCUCCUCGGGAGCCGCUGCAACUUCCCCUCAGCAAGCCUCCUUCGCUGCUUAGGGACCGCAAAGGCAUGGGAUAGACCCAGAGCCACUUCUCUUGUCUCCCCUCCAGACCUGGCUCCGUCUCCCCGCUUUUGAAUUAAAGUCUGUGCCUGGCUCCCGGUCGUUUGAGAGAUUGAUUUGUCAGUCUUAUUUCCUCCCGUCCCCGAUUUUAUUCUCUCUUCCCGGGGCAGGGGCUCGUUUGAGGGAGGGGGGUGCUCCACCUCCCCCUUCGCCCCGCGGUCACUCUGCGCCUCGCGGGCCGUGACUCAGUUUCCCGCUCGGUCCGCUCGCAGCCGUGGGACCCGCUGUCCUGUGCCCGAGUGACGCACCGGCGCCCCCGCCCGCGGCCCAGACGGGCCCUCCCUCGUGGCCGCCCGACCCGUCUCGGAGCUGGACCCGCUGGCCACUUGUGCGCAGAAGGAUAUAUGUUGGGUAAAGGAGGAAAACGUAAGUUUGAUGAGCAUGAAGAUGGGCUGGAAGGCAAAAUCGGCUCUCCCUCCGACGGUCCGUCCAAGGUGUCUUACACCUUACAGCGCCAGACUAUCUUCAACAUUUCCCUUAUGAAGCUCUACAGCCAGAGGCCCCUGACGGAGCCCAGCCUGCAGAAGACCGUGCUCAUUAACAACAUGCUCAGGCGCAUCCAGGAGGAACUGAAGCAGGAGGGCAGCCUGCGGCCCGCCUUCGGGCCCGCCUCCCCGCCUGCAGCCUCCCCGCCGGGCGGCAGCUUCGGGGUCACGUUGGAGCCAGCGCCCACGCACCCCUGCGACCCUGGAAGCACUACGCCCCUGGAGGCCUGCCUCACGCCUGCCUCGCUGCUUGAGGAGGACAACGACACUUUUUGCACUUCCCCCGGGGCCGUGCCGCCCGCGGCUCCCGCCAGACUCUCCCCUGUAGCCCUGCUCCCGCCACCGCCACCCGAGAAGGACAGCUUUUCCUCCGCCUUGGACGAGAUUGAGGAGCUCUGUCCCACAUCUACCUCCACAGAGGCCGCCCUGGCCGCCGGCUCCACUGGGACCUCCAGCGAGGCCGCCGGCCCGAAAGGCGCCGAGGGUGACUCAAAACUCAUGGACUCUCUGCCUGGGAACUUUGAAAUCACCACAUCCACGGGUUUCCUGACAGACUUGACCCUGGACGACAUCCUGUUCGCCGACAUUGACACGUCCAUGUAUGAUUUUGACCCCUGCACUUCUGCUGCAGGGACAGCCUCGAAAAUGGCCCCCGUGUCAGCAGACGACCUCCUCAAGACCCUGGCUCCUUACAGCAGCCAGCCCGUCACCCCGAGUCAGCCUUUCAAGAUGGACCUCACGGAGCUGGACCACAUCAUGGAGGUGCUGGUGGGGUCCUAAGAGCGGGAUGCCCCCCACCCCCAGGAGCGUUCCAUGCUGCCCUGACAGUUCUCCACACUGUGCAUGCACCCUUGCUUGCCUUCUUCAGAAGAACGCGUCAUGAGAGGAUCACACUAGUUUUUGCUUUGAGCAGAGUUGGAGUGCCUUCAUACCAGUAUGACCACUUUUCAAUCCACCCGUCCCCAGUGGUUCCUGAGCCCUCCCGUGUGGGGGAGGGGACAGCAUUGCUAUGUCGAAUGGCAGAAAUAACAAGUUCAAGGGAAGCACAAGGAUUAAGUCGGAAAAGCUGUAAAUUGCAUGUGCAUAUUUGUCUAUUUUUUCUAUAAGUUUUAUUGCAAGACGUGAAAAUGAAAAAAAAAAAAUAUAUAUAUAUAUAUAUAAUUUAGAUGAUCUCAGUCCCUUUUCUGGCAUUUUUUGCCCUGUAUAGGUUGACUUGGCAAUUCAGCCUUUUUAGAGGCAUUAACUACUCCUUGUUAAGUGUUGCAUUUACAUGGCUGUUUAGAAAACUGCUAUCCAAAUUUAUUUUAUAUUUUUGUACAGAUUCUGCAGUUUAUGAUAUUGUUUUUCUAAAAACAAAUGCUGUUUAUACAAUGAGAUAGCUAUUUUGAUAGGAUUUGCUCACAUAGUUCCUGCAAACUUCAGAUGUACAAGCGGCACUUGUACUUUUAUAGAGCUGUAACGUUUUCUAUAUGUGUAUGGUGCAAGAGAAAAGUGGAUCAAAUCAAUCUGCAACUGAUGUCCCCCAAUGCAGACACACACACACACACACAGAGCGCUUUAAUGACGGGCCAGGUGACAUCACACCCAAAGUUCCUAAGCACUGACUUCUCCCUGCCGUGGACACCCGCCAGUACUGUGACUUCCAGAGCCAGAGCCUCGUCUGCUCGUCAGACUUGCAUGGAGAAGUUGGCGGGAGGGGCUGUGGAGCCCGGGCUUGAGGGGAUGGUUCCUUCAGCCCCCUCUUCCAAGGGGAAGGCUGCCCUCUAUUCUUAAGCGUGUCUUUAUGCCAAGUUUGUGCUUUUAAAUGUUUUUCUUUUUUAAUGAAAACCCAAGUCUUUCCUUUUUGGCAUAAUUUGUAUGAUGACCUGCAAUUUUACAUCUGAACAAAAUUUUCUGAAAAGCAACCAACCUCUUCACAGGAACUAAGCCCUCCCGCAGCACUUAGGCCUCUGCCAGAAGAUCUCCCCCAAGGCCUCCGUCCUGUUGCUAAAUUGC